AUUGCGAUCACAUACUGCGAUCCCCACCCUUUACUAGAUAUCUCUUCCCCACCUUCAAUGCGCGAGUAGACUUGAUAUGACGUAAUCAUGUUCAUUUCUCUUGCAAUUUAUUUCUAGUCUCUUUUUUUUUUAUAUUUCAAUUUCAAAAUCUUGGUCUAUUCAUUCCGAUGAGUCAAAAAUAAAUAACUGUCAUUUUGUUGUUAAUUUUUAUGGUCUAAUUAAUAUAUCUCAAUUUUGAAUUUAUUUUGCUCACAUUUUGCGCAUGACUAAUCGACGCUAGCGCCGUUUCCAUGACAACAGAAUUCAUUUAAAUCACUGAUGACCCGCGCAAAUUGUGCCGGCCGGUACUAUCUACAUUCCUCGCGGCAUCUACUGUGGAAGUUUAUUGUUGAAUCCAACUGUUACGUAUUUAUUUUUUUAUCUUUUUCUAUUUUUAUUAACAUUGCCUACGACGAAAGUGUAAAAAUAACUUGUUACAUUAGUUUGUGGUGUUUGAAAUAAUUUUAUUAUUUAAUAUAAACCACUUGAAAUUCAUCCAACCACUUCUAACCUAAAAAUACUUGUAAAAUAGCGUUGUCAUUUUGAUAAAAUAUCAUAACAAUGUUAAAAUUAACAUCGUUGAGUGAUUUUGAAAUUUCUAUUCAUGAUGUCAAUGAAGUUACUGCUGGUCUCAUUGACAAUCGACCAAUUUACUGUGAUAAAAAACAUCUCCAUGAAGAAACUCAACCUUUUGCUUUAUACAUCAGGCAUUAUCCUGAAGUAAAUAUCACUCCCGAGAUGCUGGCAACUCGGGAAUCUUCUCGCACUAUUUGCGCUGGUGAUUUAUUUUUACCAGUUGAAGAUAGUGCAUUAAAAAAAAUUGCUAGUGUUUGGCGCGAAAAAGGAAUUGCAGAAGCUAUCAGAUGUGCUGCUGCUGAAGAUCCAAGAAAAAUUACAAAAAUUGUCCAUUGGAUAGCUACAAGGAUUACGUUGGUCCUGAACUUUAUUGAAAAAAAAACAUCAUCACCAUCUGAGGGAUUAUCUUCUGUAGGGUCAGGUUCAGUAGCAGACAUUGCAGCUACGAGAGACUGGCCCACAGCUUUAAUUCGAUGUCUAGCGUGGCAUCCUCAUUGCAUAAGAUUAGCUUUAGCUACUCGUGAUGAUAGGAUUAGAAUAUUUUCAAGUGGAAUUCAAGGUGUUGCAGUUCUUCGACAUGGAAGUCAAAAGUCUGUGUGUGCAAUGAGCUGGCGACCGAAUGCAGGAAGACAAUUAGCCGCUGCCUGCUGUGGAGGAGUUUUGGUAUGGACUGUAGAGUUGGGAGCUGCCAGCAAUUCUCUUAGUCACGCUACUCUUCUACGUCAAAGAAAUCAUGCUCCUGUUACGGGGGUAGCUUGGCAUCCACAGGGUGAUUUAUUAGUAUCAUGUUCGCCCAACGAUCUGAAUAUUAUCGUAUGGGAUGUCGAAAAAGAGACGGGAGUAUCCCUCCGAAGACUUGGGGGUGGAGGUCAAUGUAUUCUUCGAUGGUCUCCAUGCGGCGCUAAACUUCUUGCGGCCACAUGUCGGACUGUCUUCAGGGUGUGGAAUACUGGUACCGGAAAACCAUGGACAACUGAAAGAUGGACUGUCCCUAAUGGUCGUAUUGCUGCUGCUUGUUUUGGACCGCAUCAAACGCUUUUAUUUGUAUCAACAGAAGACCCGGCAACACUAUUCUCUCUGCCUCUUCAAGACAAUAUCUUUGAUUUAAGAGCAUCUUCCACUAAUGAUACUAGAGUUGCAAUUCCUUUGGUUGAUCUUUCAAAAGCUUAUUUUCCUCUCGGAGAUAAUGAAGGCAUAACUCUAGGUGGAAGAGUUAUAGCUAUGGACUGGGAUCUUUCUGGGAAAUAUCUUGCAAUAUUAUUUCAAGACAGUCCAUCAGUGGCUGUAUUUAAAACGAAAGUUGGCACUAUGUCUCGUUUGACAGAAGUUGUACCCGCUUGUCUAAUCAACGGCGUUCCUGGUGAAAUUCCAAACUGUUUACAGUUUCAUCAAUAUUUAGAAACAGGUCAACAAAAAGCAUGCCUAACUAUUGCUUGGAGUAGUGGGCGUGUUCAACAAUUUCCUAUUAUUGAAAAAGUUUCACCUUCAAUAACUUGUCGUUAAGUAGCUAUUAUCACUACUAUACAUAUAUCUGUAUUAUAUUAUAGUGUUAAAUUAUUCUUUGAAAAAGUAUAUAAUUUUAUAAAAGACUUCUAGUUUUGUAAAAAUUUGUAUAAUA